AUGCGCUACCGGAGCAAGAACUCCCUGGCCGGCAGGGCGCCCGAGAUCCCGCAACAACAUAAGGAAUCCUCCGUGUUCGUCUUCGAGCGGAAAAACAAUGUGAAGGCCGCGCCCCGGCUGGGCCGAAUGAACCGGUUGGCCCUGUCGGACUUGAUCCGGUACGAGGUGACCCAGUUGACGACGUUGCAGCAUCCGAGGAUCAUCCACUUGAUUCACCCGCUAGAGGAUACAAAAGAAUAUAUGGCCUUUGCCGCCGAGCCGAUCUACGCAAAUUUGGAGAAUUUGAUACCGGAUGAGGGGAUUGACAAGCUGGAGAUGAAGCUGGGGGUCUUGCAACUAAUCGACGGUCUCUCCUACCUUCACAAUUCGGCCAAAAUUCUUCACGGAAACCUGUGCCCCCAGAGUAUUUAUGUGACGACGAGUAGGCUGUGGAAAAUUGGAGGCUUCUCCUUUUCAUCGGCCGCAAAAGAUGGACAUACCGUAACCUCGGCCGCUGACGUUUUCUCGCUUGGCGUGCUCAUAUGUUGGAUAUACGCGGGCGGGAAAAGGCUCAUCGACGCUAAAAACAACUUGGAGACGCACGCCAUCGUGUGCGGCCAGCUGGACGCCGCUUUGAUUUGCAUAUCCGAACAGUUGGGAGCAAAUUUGAAGGAGUCGAUGUCAAAGGUCCUCUCCAUGGAAGUCGACGUCCGGCCCAGUGUGCAGCUCUUGGCGCUGAUCAAGCACUUCGACGAUCCAUGCGUGUCUGCAUUGAGGCAGUUAGACGAUUUGGGGCAAGAGUUCGACCCCGCCAACAAAGCACACUUCUUGUCACAGACGCUACAACAAACGCUGCCAAAUAUUCCGGAACCCCUCUGGUUCUCGCGGGUCCUGCCACGACUUUGUGAUCACGUCUACGAUUCGCAUGAGCUGUUUCCGGCCGUUGUUAAGCCCCUGUUCCUGAUGCUGGAACACUGUGAGAGCCACAACAUCCAUAAGCUACGAACGUGGAUGCGCAGAUUGCUGGAGCACACCAGCCAGAAAUCGCUCCGCGCCUUCGUGCUCGAAAACAUGGCCGUGCUCUUCCGCAGGUUAACCGAUGAUAAGGUAGAAGACCGGUUGCUGGAUCUAAUUGUGCAUUCCCUAAAUUGUGAUGACGCCUCCAUGCAGAGCAGUGCAAUUCGCGGAAUCCCUCCAAUCGCCGAUUUUCUGCCCUCACAAUACAUCAUUCGGCGGCUACUCCCAUCCAUUCAUACCUUACAGCCGUAUUUGAACGACAACGUACCGCGUCAACUGGAUCUGCUCGUAGCCUUGGCAGCUUUGUCCGACAAAUGCGACUCGCUCUCCCUGCCCCACCUCAUCUCAUCGGUCGUCAUUUGCAACUCGACGCAUCCGGUGAUAAUCCACGCCAAAUCACGGCUCGUGCAGCGGGUCGUCACCCGGGACCCAAGUCGGCUACGAAACCCUAUGGACGUCGCCACGCAUCUCUUAGCUCCUCUCGUGUCCGGGAUAGCAUCAAGGUUCACCGAGCUAUCCCCAGCUCAUUUCGAUGAUGUGAUGUCAUCAAUCCGCAUCCUCCUCGACAUCAUCGAGCAGUUACGCUACGAAAAUGAGGAUCAACACGUGAAGCAUCGAGUGCAUGGUGGAGGACUUGGUCGGCUGGGUAAUCGUCGCGUUUCGAUGUCGUCGAACAACUUGCCAAGGGUGAUGAUUUCGGCGGCGAGACCGUCAAUAUCUGGGGAUAAUCGGAAUGAUUUUCGGAAAAUGUCAUUCCUCUCUGCCGACGGUCGUCUCGAAGACCGCGGCUCCCGUCGAGAAUCUAAAGACAGUCGCGGGAGCCUUGAGAGUGACGUCAGCAUCCGGAUAGCUGGCUGGGGAUCCACGUUGGAUGAGCUGAACACGGGCGGCAGGGGCAGAGGACGGUGGCGGAUCGGAAACGGGAGCGACGUCUCCGACGAGUCCUGCCAAAGUGCCAGCCACCAAAUCCAGCAACACCAAAAUCACCCGACAAAUGGCCAAAAAGGGAGGAGGCAGAGCUGGCUGGAGGGGUAUAUGCACUCGUGCUCCUUGGAGCAAGGAUCUGCAGGCUCUUCCCUGGAAGCCCGACCUAUUGAGAGGAGUACGAGUAUGAAACGAAAUGGGACGGCUGUGGAGCGGCGGUCCAGGACGCGGAGCCCGACAGCGGAUCUACUGCAAGACCCAAGUCGGCCAGCAUCUGGCGUCCCUCCGGCUCGCCCGUCCUCAUUCUCCAAUCUGGGCCACAACCUCGUCCUCACCUACCGCAAUUUCUGGCAAAAGGAA